CGGAUUCGGAAAUCUAUCUCUUCUCUGCUUAAAAGCUUUCGUCAUCUCUCUCGAAAAUCUCUCUUGCUUCAUCGUCGUCGUCGUCAAGCUCUAAAAAGAUGCAGAUCUUCGUGAAGACCCUGACCGGCAAGACCAUCACGCUCGAGGUCGAGAGCUCCGACACGAUCGACAACGUCAAGGCCAAGAUCCAGGACAAGGAGGGCAUCCCGCCGGACCAGCAGCGCCUGAUCUUCGCCGGGAAGCAGCUCGAGGACGGCAGGACCCUCGCCGACUACAACAUCCAGAAGGAGUCGACGCUCCACCUCGUGCUCAGGCUCCGCGGAGGCAUGCAGAUAUUCGUCAAGACCCUGACCGGCAAGACCAUCACGCUCGAGGUGGAGAGCUCCGACACCAUCGACAACGUCAGAGCCAAGAUACAGGACAAGGAAGGCAUCCCUCCCGACCAGCAGCGUCUGAUCUUCGCCGGCAAGCAGCUCGAGGACGGCCGCACCCUCGCCGAUUACAACAUUCAGAAGGAGUCGACGCUCCAUCUCGUCCUGAGGCUUCGCGGGGGUAUGCAGAUCUUCGUCAAGACUCUGACCGGGAAGACCAUCACGCUCGAGGUGGAAAGCUCUGAUACAAUAGACAACGUCAAGGCCAAAAUCCAAGACAAGGAAGGUAUCCCGCCGGACCAGCAGCGUCUGAUCUUCGCUGGAAAGCAGCUCGAAGACGGUCGCACCCUCGCCGAUUACAACAUUCAGAAGGAGUCGACGCUCCAUCUUGUGCUGCGGUUGAGGGGAGGUAUGCAGAUCUUCGUGAAGACCCUGACGGGGAAGACGAUCACGCUGGAGGUGGAGAGCUCGGACACGAUCGAUAACGUGAAGGCGAAGAUUCAGGACAAGGAGGGCAUCCCACCGGAUCAGCAGCGCCUCAUCUUCGCCGGGAAGCAGCUGGAGGACGGUCGCACGCUCGCCGAUUACAAUAUCCAGAAAGAGUCGACCCUGCACCUCGUCCUCCGCCUCCGCGGUGGCUAUUUCUGAAGACACGGGCAUCUGGAAGUCCUCGCAGUCGGCAUGUGAUUUCGUCUGGUUUCAUGGUGCUUGAAAGUGGCUAUUUUUCAGUAGUAUAUGUUCGUUCUGGUGUAGCUUCUCUCUUAUGUGAACCAUGAAUGAAUGAACCUUAAUAAUAAGUAAUACAACUUUAUUUUCUCC